CCACGACUCCCACCUUUCAGAAUUCCACAAAAAUCUCUCCUUUAUUGGAGAAAUGGGGCAAUCAUCGUCGACGGAGCACGGAGCAUCGCCGGAGCUGCGCGAAGUACAAUCACUAGUUGCUUCAACUGGAGCCCUACCAUCUCUCCAGAAAUCAUUUCCUCUUCUCUCCGAUCCACAAACUCGAUCGAUUCCUUUUCCAUCUCUGCAGAAAUGUUUCGAUUUGACUAGCGCGAAUGUGGAAUUCGAUCAAGAUGUGGUGCUUAAGGAAUUGCCCCUGUUGUUUACUCAUCUAGGUUCUGCAAUAGUUGAACUGUUUUUCGUGGCUGAUGAAAAUGGAGUGAGUGAAGUUGAGUUCUUGAGAGGCUACACCAAUAUCUGCGGAAGGGCGGUGUCUUCCACAUUGUUGAAUAAUUUGUUUCGGGUAUUUUCUGUGGCGUGUUCCAAGGCCGGGCUUCAAAUUGAUCUGCAGUUUGAGCUGUUUAAUGAUGAUUACAAAAUUAGUGGGGCUUUAUCGCCCCGUGAUGUUUGUAUGCUUUUGUGCAUCUGUUGGAUUUUCUCUUGUGAUUCUAGGAUGCUUAGAUUGAAUGCAGGGAAGGGAGAAGGGAAAUUUAGUGUUCCGGAUAUAUCUCAUUUGGUAUUCUCGGCUAUUGAGGUGUGUAGUGAAGGAGAUGCCGGGUUGGAUUUUUGGGACUCCCGUGUGUCGGAGAUAGAUAUGCAACUUCCUGCUGCGAAAAUUCAUCUUUGGGCUUUGAAGAAUGUACCUCACCUUGCAGAUUGCUUUCAACAAUUCGUUCAUGCAAGACUCUGUUACCUCAAGCUCCCAGAGGAGAAAUCAGAGCCAUCAUGUGCUUCUGCUCAUGAGAGCUCAUCUUUAGCAAUUUCUAAACACCGCCUUUUGACUCCUGGAAGGGCCUGGGCUAUCUCACUCUCAUUGAGAGGUGCUAUGUAUGAAGAGAUGUCAAAAACUUGUUUUCCCAACGAUGAUGAUGAAACGAUCGACAACCUACUUUACCAGUCUUCUGUUGAUGGCAAAGGUCUUAAUCGCUUUUGGUCAAGGGUUGAAGGCUACAAUGGUCCAACUGUAAUGCUCAUCUCUGCGCGUGAGCAAAAGACAAAUGCAAGGCCAUGGAUCAUUGGUGCACUCACAAAUGGGGGAUUUGAAAAUAAGGAUAUAUAUUAUGGAAAUUCUGGCAGUCUGUAUGCAUUAAGCCCAGUCUUCCAUGCAUUCUUAUCCUCUGGAAGGGAGAAAAACUUUGUCUAUAGUCAUUCGCAAGGUAGGUCUUAUGAGGCUAAACCUAAACCAGUAGGACUUGCAUUUGGUGGAUCUUUAGGAAACGAAAGAAUAUUUUUGGAUGAUGAUUUUGCAAGAGUUACCGUACGCCACCAUGCCGUUGACAAAACAUACCAACAUGGCAACCUCUUCCCCAAUCAGGGAUUCCUCCCAACUGAAGCCUCAGUUUUCCAAGUAGAGGUAUGGGGGUUAGGCGGGAGAUCUGCGCGAGAGGUCCAGGCUUCUCAUCAGAAGCGAGAAGAGAUUUUUACAGAUCAAAGGCGAAAGAUCGACUUGAAAACAUUUACCAACUGGGAAGAUUCGCCGGAGAAGAUGAUGAUGGAUAUGAUGUCCAAUCCAAACGCUGCUAGGCGCGAAGAACGAUGAUCACAAGACAAAUCAACCACCACAUUGUAAAUAUCAGUGUACAUUAGAGUGCUUCUGAUACUACUACAACAUUUUGUGGAAGACUUGAAAUUCAGUGUGUUGAGAAAUAAAAUAAAUUGCUUCAUUGCUAUAA